AAUUCCGUUUUCAUACUCUAUAUAAAUAAGCACCACCUCCACCACCCACACUCACAUUAUACCUCCACAUUUACAUUCACAUUCAACUCAUUAUUUUCUUCCCUUCUUUGUGUUCCUCACACACAUAUGAGUGUAGGAAGAGCUAGCGAAAAAAUCCACAACAACUACACACAAUGGAGAGUCAAGAUCAUCUUUCGCCAUCCCACGUGGACGCAUCUCGACCGUCCCUCGGUUUCCCCUUGGGCACUGCCCUUCUCUUAAUCAUUAUUUUCAGCUUGAGUGGCAUCCUCUCUUGCUGCUACCAUUGGGACAAACUCCGUUCCCUCCGUCAAUCUUUCUCUGAUUCUGAUCCUCAAAUUGAUUCACCCAAUAAACCUAAAACUCACUCCACCGAAUUGAGGCAAAACAGAGGACAAAGCUAUUCGGUGUUGAUGCCAGGGGAUGAUGUGCCGAAGUUCAUAGCGAUGCCGUGUCCGUGUGAACCGUCGCGCCCGGAAAAUAUUGUUGUGACUGUCGUGAAGCCACCACCGCUAAAGCCACCGCAACUACCGAUUCCUUACUAUCUGUAAAUAGGUCGUCGUGUUGUGUUACAAAUCUCAUCAGAUGUUGCCACCGUUUUGUAUCAAUGUGUGAUCAUUAUUACCCGGGAAAUUGUUUGAGUAAAAAAGGGUGGUAACAUGUGAUGAUAAUUAUAAGAUUGUGAGAACAAAAAGGAAUAGGUUAGGUAGAGAUCAAUUAGUAGAUUUUGACGACUAUUUCAUUUUAUUUAAUUCAAUGAUGUGUUUUUUCAUAUGUAAAUAUAAAAGAGCUCUAAAUGGUUUAUAUAUUUUUCUGAUUCGAAGCAAAAGUCCAA